AUGGCUUUCGAUGGCGCAUCUCUCAUCGCCGACGGCAAAUUGUGCGCCGCCACUGAAUCGGUCGUCGACGCCGGCACGGACAGCGGGUACCACUUGCUCGUUGUCCAAGGCUACUCGCGCACCAAGGAGAAAACUCCCAAGGACGAGUGGAUCGAGUCUCAUCCUUUUAUUGUUGGAGGCCGUCGCUGGACCAUUCACUACCACCCAAAUGGUUUUGAAGAUGAAGAAUAUAUAUCGCUUGUCCUUACCCUUGACGACGAUAUCGAGCCAAGCGUUAACGUUCAGUAUGUUUUCAGUUUCAUUGACCAGCCCAAGUUGCGGGUGCCAAAGCACAUCCGCCAAAGCCAACCAGUUUAUUUGGAUGAACGUCUUGAUGGCCAGUAUGAAUUCAUGAAAAUGGAAGAUUUUGAAAGAUCAAGACAUCUCAAGGACGACAGCUUCAUCCUCCGGUGUGACCUUGUUGUGUGCAAGCCGGGCGCGAACACCAAGGGGCAGAGCGCCUGCUCCGACGCCCGUCCGUUCACAAAAUUGCCAACGCCUGACUUGCAAAGCCACCUUGCCAGUCUCCUCCUGAGCAAGGAGUGUGCUGACAUUACGUUUGAGGUUGGCGGCGAGGAAUUUGCUGCGCAUCGGUGCCUGCUUGUGGCCCGAUCGACCGUAUUCAGGGCACAACUCUCUAGUGCCAUGAAUGAAUCGAGUGUUGUCAAGAUAAGUGGCAUCAAAGCAGACGUCUUUAGGGGCUUACUUACCUUCAUCUACACCGAUGCAGUACCUGACUUCAUGGAAGCAGAUGAUGAUGACGUUGAAACAUAUGCAACCCGACUGCUGGAGUUCCUUGAGACUAGCCACAGUGGGAACAUGGAGUCAGACAUCAUUGUCAAUGAGCUUCUAUCCAAGUUUGCGUUGCUGAAUCUCUGA